ACCAAGAGAUCAAAGAUGUGAUCAAAAUGUGUAAAACUUUAACCGCGUUUAGAGGGCUACCAGAGAGCGAUCAAAUAGUUUUGCUUAAAUACGCCAGUCUUGAGAUCAUUGUCAUACAAAUGAUCCUCAAGUUUGACUUUGACGGACAGUUUUGGGACAUUAUUACGGAGAGUCAUUACUCUCACCUAGUUCAUUUGGAGCUCUUAAAGUCUGGUAAUACUUAUGUGAAUCACAAAAGCUUUUUAAGAAACAUGGGCCAGGAAUGGGACUCAGACCAAUUGAGCGCAAUAUUGCUAUUUAAUGCCGAGAGACCAAACCUUAUGGACAGAGACUUAGUUAAGUGA